AUGGCUUAUCUUAAAGAAUAUUAUCAACAAAAUUUAGUUCAAUUUCAUAAAGUUGGAUUAAAACUUCAAAAUGCACCAGAAAAUGAAAAUGAAGUUGUUGUUGAAUCUGAUGUAGAUUUUCAAAUUGAUGGAAAGGAAUAUCUUGUUUUUUUCAAUAACCAUUUAAGGGAAAUAAAUACAGUUUUAAAUCAUUGGUUAGAAAUUGAAUUUUCAGAAAAUGGGAUUAUUAUGCCAAAUAUUCUUAAAAGUGAUAUUAGAUGCAUUUCAGAGACGGGAGAGCCAAGUACGAUAGAAAGGUUCUUAACUUCUUUAAUUCCAAUUUAUGGACAAUAUCAAGAAAUUCGUUGUUAUUGUAAUAUUUUAAUGAGAGCUUUAUAUUCAGAAGUAAAAGAAGAUGAAGAUAGAAUCAUCAGGAUAGCAUAUCACAUUUAUAAAACAAAAGAUGAAAUACAAACAGGUAAAAUAUGUGCUAUAUGUAUUGAAAAGAAUUUCAAUGGAAAGAGUGAAUACAUAACAAGUUGUGAUGAAGAAUUAUAUCAAGAAUUAGAAGCAAUACGUUAUAAAACAAUGUCAUCUGACAAAAGUAUAGAUGAAAAAUUUAAUGAUUUAAAUACACUUUUGUAUGGGUGUGAGAAAAUAAUUCAACCAACAUUAAAUGAAAUUAGAAGAAUGGAGUUUUGUUUUGUAAUUAAUAGAGUGAAUUAUUAUCUUACAAGAGAAGAAGAAUUAUUAAACAACAAAUCAUAUGAAGAAUUAAAAACAAUGACAAAUCUUAGGAAAAGAUUGAAUCACAUUGCUAUUAAAUACAAACAUUUGUAUUUAACAAAUACACAAAUUCUUCUUGGAAUUAGAAUAAGUCGAUGUAAAAUUCUUGUUGAUAAUAGAAAAUAUAAAACAAUAUUUAUUGAAAGUUCAAAUGUCAGAGAAUUUUAUAAAAAGAUUAAUAAAAGGUUAGAUGCAGAAGUACAGAUUCUUACAAACAAAUAUUCAUUCAGUGAAUUUCCAAUUGAAAAGAUUAUAAAAACAGCACAAAGUUUAAACCUAGAUAACAUUCAAGAUUCAAUAGAUAAAAAGAAAAAAGAAAUCAAUGAAAAAGAAGAAGAAAGAGAAAAGUUAUUGGGAAACGCAAUGACAGAAGUUGGAAAAGUAAUCAUAGAGAAAGUAGAAUCUAUAACAGACAUUGCCAUUUCAAUUUAUAAUACUGACUCAUUGAUACAGCAAUUUAAAAUAAAAGAUAUAAUAGAAUAUCUGUUUACACGAAAUAAAAUAGAAAAAGAAAAUACAAAUGAACAACAAAAAGAUGAUAAAAAAGAGAAUAAUAAUCCACCAAAAACUGAAACUAAUAGUAAAGAAAAGAAAUAA